GAAAAAGGCCAUGACAGAGUUCCAAGAGGAGGACUUUCUUCAGGAAGGCCAUGAAGCAAGAGAAAGGCUUGAGGCUUCUCCAGGAAUACUGCCCAAGGAUAUGUUCUUCAAAAGUACAGCUGAUGAAACCAGAGAUGUGUGGGACACAGCCAGUGAAAACGAAAUGUGUCAGGUGUUGGAGGAAAGUGAUACGACUCUACAAGUGGAAGAAGACUUUGAGAAUCAUGAUGUCCCCAAAAAACAGGUGGGAAACCAGCUCAGUAAAGGAAAUAGUAAAUCAAUUGCUUAUCUCAAUGGUAACUUCCAUGGAGAAAUACAGGAAGGAAACAGAAGGAUUGAAUGCUCUACUUGUGGAAAAACCUUUGCCAGUAUAGCAAACCUUAAAGCACACAGGAAUACCCACACAGGGGAGAAACCAUAUGAUUGUCUGCAGUGCGGAAAGAGAUUCAGUCAAAGUUCAUCUCUUCAGGUGCAUCAAAGAAUCCACACAGGAGAGAAACAAUAUAAAUGUUUUGAAUGUGGAAAGAAAUUUGCAUAUAGUACAUACCUCAUUAUGCAUCAAAGAAUCCACACAGGAGAGAAACCAUAUAAAUGCCUGGAAUGUGGAAAGAGGUUUUGUAGAAAAUCCAGCCUUAAUGCACAUCAAGGAACGCACACCGAUGAGAAACCCUAUGCAUGUCUGGAGUGUGGAACGAGGUUUAUUGCAAGAUCAUGUCUUGUUAGACAUCAAAAAAUCCAUGCAAGGGAGCAACCAUAUCUUUUCCACAAGCCUGGAAAUAGCUUCAACCAUAGUCCACAGCAAAGAAACCGCAGAGGUGAAAAACUGUACAAAUGUUUAGAAUGCGGAAAGAGCUUUGUGCAAAGUUCAAGUCUCAUUAGACAUCAAAUGGUCCACACAGGUGAGAAACCAUACACCUGUUUGGAGUGUGGAAAGAGCUUUAAGCAGAGUGAAUAUCUCAUAAAGCAUCAAAGAAACCACAGAGGUGAAAAGCCAUAUAAAUGUUUGGAAUGUGGAAAGAGCUUCAUUGCAAGCACCAACCUCACCAUGCAUCAAAAUAUCCACACAGGCGACAAACCAUAUACAUGUCUGGAAUGUGGAAAGAGCUUUAGGCAUACGUCAGGCCUUGCUAUGCAUCGAAGAAUACACACGGGAGAGAAAUUGCAUGAGUGUUUGGAAUGUGGAAAGAAGUUAACGACAAAUGCGAACUUCUUGAAACAUCAACUACUCCAUCAAGGCGAAAAACCAUAUAAAUGCCUGGAUUGUGGGAGGAGCUUUAGUCUGAGUGAAAGGCUUAUAAACCAUCAAAAAAUCCACAAGGAAGCAAAACCUUUUCAAUGCCUGGAUUGUGGGAAAAGUUUCAGCCACAGCGUAACUCUUAAGAGACAUAAAAAUACAGAGACGGGGCAGUGCAAAAAGGGCUUCAGUGAGACACAAAGAAGACGAAGAACUCAGAGCAAGAAGAAACCAUAUAAGUGCCUGGAGUGUAAAAGCUGUUUUAAUAACCACUCAAAUCUUCUUAGACAUCAACUAAUCCAUACAGGAGAGAAGCCCUUUAAAUGCCAGGAAUGUGGAUAUGGCUUCAGCCAGCACUCAAACCUUAUGAGACAUCUGCUAAUUCACACCAGGGAAAAAGAACAGAUAUGCUCUGUCUUGGGAAUGGGUCACACUUAGUUGAACACUAUUAAGCCCUACCAAUUUGUUUUUGUUUCGUUUUAUAGCAUUGAAAAUCACUCUUUGUCGUCGUGCGGCUCAUAACUAUGCGUCUUUAACUGACAUACUGAGCUAAUCUUUAGUACAUGUUAGAGGCUGGGUUUGUUUUUUUUUUAAGGGAUAAACAGAAUGGUGACAUAGACGUAAUUAAUGAGAUAGCUCUGAAAACACUGUUGGAAAACAUAGUUUUUCUUUGUAGAAUUCUGCAGUAUAUAUAUAUUUGCUAAUGUAUAACCUUGAAACACUGUCUUUUCCCCAUUUAAAUAAAAUAUCUACUUGAGAAGAAAA